ACCUACAGCCUCUGCGAACGUGCGUUAGUGACGAUUGUUCGCGGUAUUCUUACAUUUGUUCAGGAGAAGUGUAUUGUGAUAUUUUCAUCACACCCGAUCGGCUGUACAGCUCCAAAUAAUUGCAUUAUUUCGAAGGAUGUUUAGGUAAUAAAAUCAAUCAUUCUGUUACCAGUUUCACGGGUGGGGGUAUGUUGUGGUAGAUUCGAAUUAGUUUGUGAAACUGGCAGCACUGAUAUGAUUCUCAAAAAGAAAUAUCGGACACAACCUCGAAAACAAUGUCGAAUCUUGGUGAAAUGAUGACGACGGCCUGCGGCACCUGCGGAACAACUGCCGAAGUGGAUGAUCGAAUGAUUGGGUGCAAAAACUGCAGCAGUUGGUAUCAUAUGCAGUGCAUUAGUACGGUGCAGGUGCGGUGCAGUGAGUACUUGGUAGAUAAUCAGAAAAGGAAGAGGAAGAUUAGAAAAAGAAACAAAGAGCUAGGAUAUGAAUCAGAUAGGUCUAGUAAGUCUGCUAGGUCAAACAAUGAUGUCAGUUCCGAGUUGGAAAAACGUAUGGAAAAGUUGGAAGAAGAGAAGCAGGAGAAAGAGAGAGAGAUAGAGAUUGAAAUGAUCGUUCUUGGUAAACGCAUGGAGAUGGAGAGGGCGUUGGAGGAGAAAAAGCUUAAGUUGAAGAACGCGAUUAGGGCAAAACAGCGGGAAGAAGAGAAAGUGCUCUUGGAAAAAGUGUUUGCAGACGAGAAGAAUCACCUGGAGGAGUUGAAGAAGAUGCGUGACUCGUUCGAAGUGAAAAUGUGUAGUAUACAGAAAGAAGUACCACAGCUGAAAAUGUCUGUAAGAGGAAAUCAAAAGAAGGAGGAAGAUCUGAGAACGCCUUUUAGAAAGCCGAAGGUAACCGUAGCGAAAAAGAUUAAGAAGAAGGAGGCAGCAAAGAAGGCGAUGAUGCCUCGACAACUGGAAGACUGGGAAGGCAGUGAAGAAGAGUCAGAUGGCGCAGAAGAAGAAAGGGAGGACGUUGUUUCGGAUGGAGAAAGCGAAGAAGAAUAUGAAGAAGACAUCGACGAGGAUACGGAAGAAGAACAAGUGAAGAAGAAGAUUCCGAAGCCGGACGUGAAGAAAACGAUCGCAAACGGGCUGGGGCAACGGUGUAGCGUGCCAACGAAAGCACAGAUGGCAGCAAGGAAUGGAGUGACGCAGAAACUACCGAUAUUAACCGGCAGACCAGAAGAAUGGCCGCUGUUUAUCGGAAUGUACGAAGCUUCCAAUGAGGCGUGUGGAUUCACUGACGUAGAAAAUCUGGUGCGUCUUCAAGAAUGUUUGAAAGGAUCAGCUUUGGAAAGUGUUCGUGGGCAGCUUCUGUUCCCGAAAUCUGUGUCGAGGGUGAUCAGCAAGUUGAGACAACUGUAUGGUCGACCGGAGCAACUGCUGCAAUGUCAUCUCGAGAAAGUCCGCAAGCUGAAACCACCGAAUGCCGAUAAGUUGGCGACAUUCAUCCCUUUCGGGACGGCAGUGGAACAACUUUGCGAACAUUUGGAGGUCACUGGAUUGAAGCAACAUCUAGUGAAUCCGUUGCUAGUGCAGAAUCUUGUAGAUAAACUUCCCACUAGUAACAAACGUGAAUGGGUGAGGUACAAAAGGAGAAAGAAAACGGUGACGCUCCGUACCUUGACUAACUUUUUGUCGAGGAUAGUCGCUGAAGCCUGUGAAGCAAACGUUUCUGUCGACUUCAUGGCAGAAGUGAGAUCCGGAAGCGCUGGUUUCGUACAGGAGGAAGAUGAUGCGGUCUACAAUAAUAGCGCUGCGGUCACAAAUGUGCAGGAAGCAGGAGUUUCAACACAAAAGGCUUGUGGACUGUGUGAGAGAACGGAUCAUCAGUUGAGAUUCUGUCGGGGCUUCCGAAACAUGCCCCCCGAGGAGCGUGUGAAGCUUGUGAGGGAGUGUAAGCUCUGUGAACUCUGCCUGAAUGAUCAUAGGAAUUUGGAGUGCAAAUUUAAGAUGCGGUGCAACGUUAGCGGAUGUAUGCAGAGGCACAAUUCGUUAUUGCAUUUGCGGUCCGAACAUGUUGUGAUGAACGACCACAACAUUCUGUUUCGAGUGCUGCCUGUUACAUUGACCUUUCGGGACCAAUCCGUUACUACGCUGGCGCUUUUGGAUGAAGGGUCCUCAAUUACGAUGGUGGAAACGGAGUUAGCAGACCAGUUGGGUGCCGAAGGCGUCCCGCAAAAGCUUGAAAUCAGUUGGACUGGAGACGUUGCUCGAGUCGAGGAAGAUUCCAGACGCAUUAGUUUGAAGAUUUCUGCUGUUGGCGGAGCACAGCAACUUCUGAUAAAUGAAGUAUGCACCGUAGGAGAGCUAGCACUACCUGGGCAGUCGCUAGAUGCUCGGGAGAUGGCACGGCGUUAUGAACAUCUUCGAGACAUUCCAGUUACAUCGUACAAAAAAAGUUGACCGAGGAUGCUGAUCGGUUUAAACAAUUUGCACGUGAUUGCACCGACAAAUUCGAGGCUUGGUGGUUCAGGAGAACCAGUAGCGGUUGAAUCACCUUUGGGUUGGACAAUAUACGGCCCAAGUCGCAGUGCAGGAUUAUCCGAUGCACAUGUUGUUGGCCACCACGUUGAGGUUGGAGUCAUGGAGUUUGCCGAAGCCAGACGUACUCGCCAACGUCGAGUAAAGAAAGGCGUGGGACAUUGUGUGGGACAUACCGUUGAAAUGAGUGGAGAACCGAGGAAAGAAGUAGUGAUGGACCAGUUACAAGUAAGGAGGCGAAACCGAAGACGUCCUUUGGGACUCAUGGUGAAUGGUGGUAAUUCCGGUGUAACCUAUGAACGGCUACCGGAUUUACGGGCUGGGGAUUGUUGCGGAGGCAAGCGCCACUGCACUCACUCGGUGGAGCACAAUAAAAAUACACAAAAAAACGAAUCCCAACUGGCGCUGCAUGAGCGACCGGUCAACUGCGGUAGGAUGCCAUUGAUGUUCGUUAGUACAUGAAAGAGGAAUGUAAUCAAAACAAAACAAGCGGAGUAGAAGUAGUCGGAAAUAUAGAUAGUAGAGUAAACAUAGAUCUGCGGACAUCACUGAGUGAAAUGUUUCAAGCGUGCGAAUAGUAUUUUUCAAGAGUGCGGCUGUUGAAUAUGACGUCAUGCGCUCCAUUGUUGUUGUUGGAAUCGUGACGUCAUGCUCGUUUGGAUACAAAUUUUGACAGUUCGUUUGGAUACAACGGAUUCAUCAUCGACGGAUCUAUGUUUACUCUACUAUCUAUAGUCGGAAAGUUGGUGGGAUUAAAGUCAAACGUUUUUACCGAAAAGUGUAGGAAAUAGUGAAUUUUGAAUAAUGAAUUUAGUGUUGAUGAGAUAGUGCGAGUGUUUAGCCAGGAGUCGUUCGAGAUGAACCUAAAUGGACAUUGUUGUGUGAGAUUUGAGGAAGAAACUAUUUCUUGUAUGUAUAAAUUUAAUUAUGCAUGUACCAUGUUACUAUUAUAUUGAAAUGAAUUACAGUUUGAGUACGUCGUCUGGGACUACUACAAAAAAUUAGUUCAAUUACUCGAACCGAUCCGAACAAAUGACGUUGAUUUUUUAUGGCUUUAUAAUCCUUUCAAUCUAGUUAUAAUAAUAAUCGUUCAAUCUAGCCACAAAAGUAAAAUCGUAAGCAUUUCACAUACUCCGUUCACCAUAGAAAAAAGCAAGAUACGAUACCAGCUAAAAAAGGACCUGUUCGAAGCUUUGGUGACAUUUAACCCCAAAAGAACCCACUAGUUGUCCACAAGUAUACCGCCCUUACUGCUCUACAAUGAAAGCGAUUUGAAACUUUGUGGUGUCCACUUAACCGCAAGCUCUUCAAACAUUUCAGUAUGUACUGUCAUAUGCAGCAGUUGCACCUUAAGGCUCAAGCAUUCGUCAUCAUUUUUCGGAAAAUAAAAAGCAGUUUUCUCGCUGCAAAUCAAAACAAGGAUCAUGAAAAUAUAUUCACUGCAUUAUAUUCCUCAUGUGGAGUACAGUGAAUAUAUUUUUAUAGCAAAAACUUUUGUUUUGAACGAAAAAACUGCUUUCAAAUGUUUGAUGAUGACGAUGAUUGCAAUGACGAAAAGUUCAACGUUAAUUCUCGGUAAAGGAACUCUUUCAACCGUGCUCGGGAAGGGGGACAGCGUAACGGUUUUUGCUUUCCUUUUAUGAAUAAAAAAAACUAUCCAUCCAUACUUCAGACUCUAGUUUAAUUUAAAAACACUUCACUAAUACUUCACUUUUGCAAAAGAAAAUAAAAAAUGAAUAACUCUUUUAAAGAAAAACUAGAAAGGACGAGCAAAUUCCUUUUAAUUCUACUACUGUGCUUAUCUUCGGACAGAUAGGCCUAUUUCGUCUGUGACUUACAGACUUCUUCAGUGUCAAGUGCUCGACUC